CACACAUGCCAGCGCAUCAUCACGGGCUUGAUCAGGAAGUUGUGAUGGAAAGAAGGACAGAAGAGAGUCAGUUAGUGAAACAUUCAGCAUGAGUAGCGUCCUGCAGGUCUGUGUGUGCGUCUCACUCGCUUUAUUCCUCACUAAUGAAGCUUCCACAGGUUAUAAUAUUGAUGUGUGUGAAGGUGGAACAGUGUAUCUAAAGUGUUCGCUCCCUAAACAGCGCUGGGCUUUUAAACCCAACAGCGAAUCAAAGAAAGUCUUCAUCUCUACACGCUUCAAGAACGGAACGGUCAUAAAGGAACGUCCAGAUCCAGACUCACGCUUCACUCACACUUUAAACCAUCUACAGAUCCUCAACAUACAGCAGAUGGAUUCGGGGACCUACUUCUGCAGUGGCAAAGACGUCGCUGUUGUUUCUGUCUCAUCAGAGAGCAACACAAUGCAGUGUCCUGUUACAGCAGAAACAACAGAAUCAGGAAAUAACAUCCCUCAGAAGUCUGGAAACGUGGUUCUGAUUGUCGUCCUCUCCGUGUGUGUGUUAGCUGUGGUUACAGUCGUCCUGCUCUCUGUGAUUGUGUGUCUAAAGUUCAGCGGCAGAAAAAGACUCACAGCCUCCAAACCAGAGGAAAGUGUGUUGCAUCACCAGAAUACACACGAUGCUGACAGGGUGACGCUUCAGUCAGCAGAUCGAUUGAGGAGCUACAAUGAUGAGAUCCACUAUGCGUCACUGGGGCAGAACUGGAGAGCUCGAGGCUGUAAUCAGCAAAGCAGGCAGCAGGUCAUUUACUCCACACUGCUGCUGACUCCUAAACACACACCUACACACACACCAUAAAACAGAGAAAACACACACACACAAUAGAAUAUAGAACACUCACACCAUAAACCAUACACACAGACACACACACAACUACACACACACACACAGAGUUUAAAGCUAACUAGUUAAACACAAACUAACUAAAUGAUCUUACAGUACUAGAGAUAUAAAUAAACCACUUCCAUGAGAACAGUUUACUGACUCACACAGCAAUAUAACAAACAAUAAUUAACACACUGUGUUACUGUUUAUAACACAGUGUUCUGAACUCUCAUCAUUCUAACUGCUGUAAUCAUUAUUAUUCUAAAUUACAUAAUAAUUUAUGCAAAUCUUUUUUCUGGCACUUUGCUUGAGAACCCCAACGAGGUUUUUGUGAGUGUGGAAGUGAAUAACAUUAGUGUGGCGUGUGACAGUGACAUGUGAUGAACAGAACAACAUCCCUUUUUCAUUUACACUGAAUCACACAUGUAAACACAAAGCUCUUUAUUUAUUCACUUAAAGCUGAUUAAAUAUUCAUGAGCAUGAUUUAAAAUGUAUCACACUGUUUAAACACCAUAACAAAUGACUACUUUAUAUACAUGACCUUUAAUAAACUCUAUCUGUAUA